GUCUGUGGAAGCUCAGCCAGCGCCAACUAUCGACACGCCAUCCUACAACAGGUGCUGGUCACCGUCAGAUCAGCCUUCCCUCAUCCCCCUCUUACCAAAGCAAUUGUUGCAGUCAUGCCACCAUCGGAUAGUAUCAGUAUGUCAGCAGGACGUCGAAUGCCGACUAGAACGCGCCUGGUCUUUCGACGCAUAAUGCGCUCCCAAAAGUUCGUCCUCCCCAACAACUACCACCUUCCCAUACGAUUACGACCAUGGUUUGUGAUAUUUACGCUUGUCGAUAUGAUAUUCCUUGCCUUCCUGGGGUUCACGAACGUCGUUCACGACGUGCCCGUCAAUGACAAGGUGAUGCACUUUGUAUGCCUGGGCCUCGCCACAGGCCUGGUGUAUUUCAUAUUUGACGUUGAAGAGGAUGCAAGACGGAUAUGGAUUUGGCGCAACGCUGGCUUGUUCAUCACUGGCUUCCUGUGCUUUGUGCUCGGCGGGAUUGUGAGCGAAUUUGUGCAGGGAUUAUUACCAUACAAAACUUUCCAACUUGGAGAUAUUGCUGCAAACCUUCUUGGCUCGUCACUAGGGUUGUAUCUAUCCUGGAACCUUGAGCGCUACUACCGUCACCGGCGGGAGAUUGAACGUCUCUACCAGCCCCUGGACGUCCUCGAAGAGCCCACAGACGACGAAGGCGACGACACGCUUCCCUCGUUCUAUACGCGUCAACAACCACGGGCUGUGACUUCGCUUGGCGUGCAGCGGAGUAGACUGGCAGACGUGUGGGAUGAGAGGGAGGAGGUAUUCCACUUGGUGGAUGGUGAGGAAGAUGAGGCAGAGCCGCCGAAGGCAGGAACAGCAGGGAAGACUAGAUGAGGACCAU